AUGGAGUGCGGAAACGCGUCCAAGCGCGACUGCCCGUACCGCCGCUGCCGCACGUGCUGCAAGGCGCGCGGAUUCAACUGCUCGACGCACAUCCGCAGCACGUGGGUUCCCGCGGCGGAGCGGAGAAAGCGCGAGCAGAUGGAAUCCGCCGCGCGGGCGAUGGCGGCGACGAUGCGCCCUGUACCGCCGCGGUCGAAACGCGCGCGAGGCAGCGGGUCGCAGUCACCCGUGGGGGGACCCAUACCCAUGCCAGUGCCGUAUUCCGCUACCACUGCUGCUGUAUCUGCUGAUGUCGCUACUGCGAUGGGACCUGCUGCGGUGGCGCCUGGUGGAGCUCUAGGGGCGUUGGGUAACUCGAGCUUUUUGCCAUCCAGUGGGGUGUCGACACCUGUCAUGGCUCAGUCGCCUGCGCGAGGGCCAGUGGCGUCUGUGGUGGUGCCCAUUCCCCAUGCGCAGGUACCGGCUCAGGUGCCUGGCCAGGUGUCUGUUCAAAUGCCCGGUCAAGGGCACGUCCAGCCGCACUCGCAGCAGCAGCCUUCGCAGCAGCAGCAGCCUCAAAUAGCAGGAGCGGUGCCGCUGCUAAGUGCCCAGACGGGUAUGCAAUCUCAAGGGCAAGGGCAAGCUCAAUCUCAGUCGCAGCAAUUGCUGCUGGUUCCGUCUCAGUAUCAGCAGCAGGUCGGGCUGCAGCAGCCAGCUCAGGCUCCCGUGCAGCAACAGCAGCAGCAGCAGCAGCAGCAGCAGCAGCAGCAGCAGCAGCAGCAGGUGUUGCAGUCACCUUUGCAACCACCACUGCAGCAGCAUCAGCAGCAGAUGGCACAGCAGCCACUGCAGCAGCCAUCGUUGCUGGCUCUUCCAGAAACACCUGCACAACAGACUCAAGCACUCCCAGCAGAGGUGGUGGCACAGACCCUCCUCAGGAGCGUGCGGGUGACGGGCAUUGUGGACGGGCACUUCGAGUUUGGCUACCACGCCUGUGUCAAGAUCGGCGGGCACAUCUUUAAAGGGGUGCUCUAUAACGCGGGCAUAGACCCCAACCCGUCCCAGCCCCUGCCUGUUUGCACUGGGCCUAUGGCUACUGGGGGGCUGUUACUCGGCACUGUAGCGCCCUCCACUCCCCAACGUGCUGCCGCCCCAACCCCCUCCCUCGCCACUCCUCUCUCCAUCCCCCCCGUGUCAGCAUCAGCCGCCGCAGCAGCAGCAGCUGCUACUUCCGGCAGUCUACCUCUUUCUGCUGCUGUCUCUCCUUCCUUAGUCGCUAAAACAGGCUCGCCGUUACAAGUCCCCAGGCCAGGCUCGGCUUUACUAGUCCCAAGUGUCGAGAUUCCAAGCACUUACCUUGCAACCGUGCUAGGGGCAGCAGGAAGCAAGCAGAAACAACAGCAGCCGCACCAGCAGCAGCAGCAGCAGCAGCAAGGGCAGCAGAAUGCAGGUCAGCAAUACCAACUCGUCCUACCGAGCAUAGGGAGUGUGGCUGGGAAUGCGCAGCAGGAGCUGAAGCCACUCGUGCAGGCAGACGCUCCGACACAGGUAGCAGCAGCAGCAGCAACAUUGGAGGGCGAAUUCGCGGAGGUGGACAGGAUGGUAGCAGCAGCAGCAGCAGCAGCAGCAUUGGAGGGCGAAUUCGCGGAGGUGGACAGGCUGGUGGCGGUGAACCUGGGAUGGGAAGAAAAGUAUCCAUUUUCCUCUCCUCGUAUCCUCAUCGUCCCUUCUCCCUCAGGUGGCGGCAGCGGCAGCUUCCCUGGAAGGCGAAUUCGCGGAGGUGGACAGGCUGGUAGCAGUUAA